AUGUUGACCACUAUAUCCUCCUGUCCCGGUGAGGAGCCGGUAUCUAUCCCACUUACCUCUACAUCACAUCCGGAUGACUUUAUCCCAGAAGAGCCCACAUCAAUCCCUCAUCUGACACUCCUACGGCGCUCAACAACCGGCGCAUCAGACUCACAGUCCUCGGCAACCUCUGUAGCCGGUGCAUCAGAGGUUUCCAUGGAUUCCGAUGUCCCUUUGACACCGGUAACCGAGCCAUCCAGCGAAACAGCACUGGACGAUGUAUACAUUGAAAGAAAAGAACCUGGUGCCAUACCCCAACGCCGAAGACGGGCGUCAACCGUCUUGAUAUCCCAGAACUCAGAGGAUGUUCAAAGAAUACUAGGAGAUAUUCGAGGCGGUACGAACCUAUUAGGAAAGAUAUGCUGCGGAGGAGGAUGCUGCAAACUCGAGCCUCUCAAACAUGCCCUGCCAUCUAUCACAACCAAUCCCGUUGUCCGGCCUAAGAACGCUGCAUUUGAGAGCCUUGGGCUCCGUCUGGGUGAGCUAUCUCUUGACAGCAAACUUACCAAAGUGGCUCCUCUCCCAGAAAAUACCGUUUCUUUCUCUUCUCCAUCAAUUGAGUCUGUAGGCAAGAAACUCGGACCACCAGACCAUCCUCCUCAAUUCCUUCAGCCACACGCACCCUAUGAAGUUUACCGUGCGCCCCUUCACCAUGCUCGAGAGCUGACCAGACCCGGGGCUGAGAAAAGAACGUAUCAUUUUGAUAUCGAUGUUACGGAUUACCCGGUUGAAGGUGGGAAUGUUGACUUCGUCGUUGGGGGUGCAAUUGGUGUUUGCCCAAGCAACUCUGAGGCCGUUGUUGAUGCUGUCUUUAACCGCCUUGAGUCCCUAAAUUCUGGCCGAUGGCCUACAAUUUGGGGGGACGAAAAGCCUAGAGAUCUUUUGACCACAAGACGAGAGCUACUCAGCUGGUGCUCGGACUUACAAAGCUACCCUCCAACAAAGCCGCUCCUUCGGCUGCUUGCCGAGUACGCAUCUGACGAAAACGAGAAGAAGAUCUUAACGUAUCUCUGCUCUGCCCAGGGACAGGGUGCCUUCUGCGAUCUUCGUACUGGUCCCUACAUUACCGUUCUACAGCUCCUCGAUGCGUUCCCUUCCUCUCAUCCACCAUUAGACCACCUUCUCUCCACCCUAAACACGCUUAUGCCCCGGUUCUAUUCCCUCUCCCAAGACCCUAUGAUUCAGCGCACCAUUGACGGUAAAGAAUCACGACGUAUCAUCGAGAUUGCGGUAACAGUCCACGAGUGCCCUGACUGGCAUGGGGGUUACCGCACAGGUGUUGGAUCCGGCUUCUUAGAACGUCUGGCUCGAAAGAUUCAAGCAGCUGAGAAAGACGGAAUCGAUCCAGCCAGCCUAGAUUUGCACGUCCCCAUGUUCCGUGGACUCAUGUCCAACCCGCUCGCCAGGAGAUUCGUCUCUGAUGGACCCAUGCUCCUCAUUGGAGCCGGAGUCGGCGUUGCUCCAUUCCGCGGCUUUGUUCAGAGUCGCCUCAGGUCAGCUAACUGUGCAAACAAGGUGUGGGUACUCCAAGGUGUCCGUGAUUCUUUGCUUGACGAGCUUUACUCUGGAGAGUGGGGAGUACAUGAGGAUGAAGUUAAGAAAGUGGUCCAGAGCAGACGAGGCGAAGGCAGAUACGUGCAAGAGGAAGUACGCCAUCAAGCCGACCUGGUCUGGUUCGUAAUCAACUCCCUUGAUGGGCGAGUGUUUGUCUGUGGCAGCAGCAAGGGCAUGGGCGAGGGUGUCGAGGCCGCCUUGAUUGACGUCGCUAUCGCAAAGGGUAACUUGAACCCAGAGCAGGCAAAAAUAUUUUGGGACGAGAAAAAGGCGGCUGGCCAGUACAUUGCGGAGACUUGGUAA